AUGAGUCUCCCUGAAGGACAGGAUCUGGAGAAAAGGACAGGAAGGGACAUCAUGAAGAAACUAAGCUCCAAUGUGUCCAGCAGCCUGUCCCAGAGUGACUGGUCAUUAGACAAACCACCUGACUUUAGGGGGGAAGUGGAAAGGUGGACCACACCUCCUGCUGUCAGUCAGCCGCCCCCCAGGACGGCACUCCAGAUCCUGGUGAACGUCUACCGCUGCAACAUCGAGAGUCCAUCUCUGAGAAUCGUGUUGGUUGGAAAGACUGGAGUAGGAAAGAGCACAGUGGGCAACACUAUCUUCGGGAGAGAAGCAUUUCACUCAAAUAACUCAGUCACACAAGUAUGUGAAGGAGUGUGUAUGGGCAGUCUGAGACCAGUUAAAGUGAUUGAUACACCUGGUAUUUUACCCAAAGAUGGAGAUGCAGAUGAUGUUAAAGUGAAAUGUAUGACAUACUCGUCUCCAGGACCCCAUGUAUUCCUGCUGAUGAUUGCAGUGGGGACGUUUAGUAGGAAUGAACAGAAGGCAGUCAGAGCCCUACAGGAACUCUUUGGGAAAAGAGCUGCAAAGUACACAAUGGUCCUCUUCAGUCACGGUGAUAAACUGCAUGGUCAGACUAUUGAUGAAUAUGUGCACUCUGUCCACCCCAAACUAAGGGAAGUGAUAAAGAGCUGUGGUGGAGGAUACCAUGUAUUCAACAACAACAGCAAUGACCACACACAAGUUGUGGAGCUGAUGAAGAAAAUAGAUGAGAUGGUGAAGAGAAAUGGGGGAGGUCACUUCACUGAGGAAAAGUACGAAGAGUUGUGGAUGCCUGAACUGAAAAAGAUUGUGGCCAUUCGGAAGAAUUGA